UCAAAAUCAAAAGAAAAUAUGGGAAAGGAUAUUGAGGUUGGAAGCUCCAAAGACUACCAAGAUCCACCACCCGCACCACUUGUUGACUCGGAUGAGCUAACCAAAUGGUCAUUCUAUAGAGCCGUAAUUGCGGAAUUCGUUGCCACUCUUCUCUUCCUCUACAUAACUGUCCUCACCGUCAUUGGCUACAAGAGCCAAUCCAGCACCGAUCAGUGCGGUGGCGUAGGCAUUCUCGGCAUUGCGUGGGCCUUUGGUGGCAUGAUUUUCGUCCUCGUCUAUUGCACCGCCGGAAUCUCCGGAGGUCACAUAAACCCAGCAGUGACAUUCGGUCUAUUCUUGGCUCGUAAAGUGUCCUUAGUAAGGGCUAUAUUUUACAUAGUAGCUCAAUGUUUAGGAGCCAUUUGUGGCUGUGGACUCGUCAAAGCAUUUCAAAAAUCUUUCUAUAUCCAAUACGGCGGCGGCGCUAACGAACUUGCCGACGGUUACAGUACCGGCACAGGUCUAGGAGCCGAAAUCAUCGGAACUUUCGUCCUCGUUUACACUGUCUUCUCCGCCACCGACCCCAAGAGAAACGCCCGUGAUUCCCACAUCCCAGUUCUAGCACCACUUCCGAUCGGAUUCGCCGUGUUUAUGGUUCACUUAGCCACGAUUCCGAUUACCGGAACCGGAAUCAACCCGGCUAGGAGUUUUGGUGCGGCAGUUAUUUAUGGCAAAGAUAAGGCUUGGGAUGAUCAGUGGAUCUUUUGGGUUGGACCAUUUAUUGGGGCGGCUAUAGCUGCUUUGUACCAUCAGUAUGUUUUAAGGGCAGCAGCUGUGAAAUCUUUGGGAUCAUUUAAAAGCUCUGGUUCUUAUUAAUUGUAUAUAUGGUAGAUGAUGAGUGAAUUCAUAUAGCUUGAAGAUUUCAAAAAAUGAAUAAUUGUAUUUGUAUUUAGAGUGAAAGAAAGAUUACCCAGAAAGAAGAAAGGGUUUUGGUGUCCUUGUAAGAACUUAAGAUGGGUGCCUGUGUUUUUUGAAUUAUUGUACCCAAAAAAGAAUCAAGAAUGGUUCUUUUCUAUCAUAUGUUUGCUUUAGAUCUUCUGUUUAUUUCUUGUAAUGAAUUUGUGUUUGGGGGGUGAAGAAGAACUUAAGAUGGGUGUUUGUGUUUUUUCAAUUUUAUUGAACCCAAAAAUCAAUCAAGAAUGCUUCUUUUCAAUCA